CAGAGAUCCCUGGGCUGGUCCUAGGGUUGGGAGGAGACUGAACAUGCUACAGAUCCUGAGAUGCAAUGAGGCACCAUCUCAGCCCCCGUGGAGCAGGCUGGGCAGGACUCGGGCAGUGCCUGGUUUCACCUGGGCUCUGGGAGCCUACAGCCCCUCUUCCUGCAGGCUUGCUGCCUGGGAGAAUCAAGUUGGCUCAGAGCUGUGCAGCCUGGGUGCGGUUGGUGCUGACUGUGAGUCAGUUAUUAGCUGAGCUGAGCAGGUGCAGACCAGUCUGUGGCUCCAACCAGGGCACCUCUAUGGUGUUUCAGCUCUGGCACCCCAUGCAUGGUAUAUUUGGGGGACAUUUUAAUCACAGCAGACACUAGAUUUAAUAGGAGCAGAAAUCUGCUACCAACACGAGUAGCUGCCACAGUAGAUGUCAUGGGCGUCCAUCCCUGGUGGGGACGGUUCUCCACUCAUUGACGGCACCUUGGCAACUAGCUCUGUGGGGGAGAGGGCUCUUGUAUCCACCCAUGCCUGACACAUGCUCUCUUCCCACAGGCCCUCUGCAGCCACUUCCCCUGCCCACAAUGCCCUUCCCAAGAAUGAAGUGUCACAAAAAGUUCCCCCAGCCAAAUUGUCACACACAGCCACUCCCCAGGCCCUUAGCUCUGCUUCGAGGAUGGAGUCUCCAGUCCCCCUGAAUGUGGGCUCUACCCCACGGGCAUCUGUAUCACCCCAGGCUGGCAAUAGGAAUCUGGCUGUAUCCUCAGGGGUCAGCAAAACUGGUGUUGUCUCCCAGCCACAGCCAAGGGCUCUGACAGCAAAGGGUCCAGGUGUGCCCCCCCAGGAAGGCCAGGAGGAGGGACCAGAAGGAUGGCGGGCCCGCCUGAGGCCUGUGGAUAAGAAGAAUCCUGCUGAGAAGGCUGUGGAGCAGAAGGAGCCACUGGUCCGGGUAGAGCUGAGGGUCAAGGACAUUUCCAGGAAGGCCUCCAGCAGCCUUAAAGGGGACAUCCGCACCACCUUGACUCCUGUGCAGCCUGAAAGGACGCCAGGCAUGCCUGGCCCCAGGCCCAGCCUCACAGCCCGUUCUCCAUCCCCAUCCCACCGUAAGAAACUGGCCAUCCCUGCUAGCCUCGAUGUCUCUGCUGAUUGGCUUCGGCCAGAACCCGUGGAGAAGGAAACUCAGGCUUGCAGCUGGAAGGAGAAAACAAAGCCCACUAGGGGUACACCAGGGAAGCCUGCGGGCCUGGCCAGCACCCCUCCUCCACCUGGCGAGACUGUGACCUCCCCUAUCAGACUGCACCCUGACUACAUCCCCCAGGAGGAGAUUCAGAGGCAACUGCAAUACAUUGAAAGUCAGCUGGACACCCUGGAGCUCAGAGGCGUGGAGCUGGAGAAGCGGCUGCGGGCAGCAGAGGGAGACGUCACAGAGGAUGCCCUCAUGGUGGACUGGUUCCGGCUCAUCCAUGAGAAGCAGCUGCUACUGAGGCUGGAGUCAGAACUCAUGUACAAGUCCAAGGACCAGCACCUGGAGGAGCAGCAGAUGGACUUAGAGAGCGAGCUGCGCCAACUAAUGGCCAAACCGGAGGGUCUGAAGUCCCCCCAAGACCAGCAGCGGGAACAAGAGCUGCUGCGUCAGUACGUGAGCACCGUGAAUGAUCGCAGUAACAUUGUGGACUUCCUGGAUGAGGACCGACUCAGGGAGACCCAAAAUGUGGGGCAGCUAGCCCUCCCAUGGGGCUCCUUCCCACCCAGGUUUGCAGCCUUCAAGGCCAGCACCACCUAGUGCAACUCUCUGUCAUGGAGGAAAUGGCCUGUCAUUCAAGCUGUCCAGUGAAGCAGCCACCAGACAAGGGAGAGGGUACUGAUAGACCCAAGGCAUGUGACUUCUAAGAUUGAGUAGUUGUGUCUAAAACUUGUAUCAUUUUUUAUUUUAAUGGCACUGAGAAUUAAACCCAGGGCCUCACACAUAUUAGGCAAAGGCUCUACCACUGAGCCAUGCCCCCAGCCCUUCACUGGGGGAUUCUAGGCAGCUGCCCUACCAUUGAGUCCUGCCUCCAAUCCCUC